GCAAUGAGACAUUCGUGCAACUCGCCAUGUCUUCUAGUUGCAGAUUUAGACCGCGUAUUAGCUUUGGAUUACGACAACAAGUCGAUGUUUCCAGUCGUUUCCAAUUUAUCAUUCGCUGUAGAUGUAGACUUUCAUUACAAUAAGGGCUACAUAUUUUGGUGCGACUCUGAAGGUAUCCAGCGCUCGAACAUGGACGGCACAAACAUCACAGUUAUCCACAAUGACAAAUACUGUUAUGGACUGGCAGUAGAGUGGGACUCAUUGCAGCUGUAUUGGACUGAUUAUUACAACAAAAGUAUAAUGGUAUCAGACCUCGAUGGAAAUAACAAACGCAUUGUUUUCUCUUCGCUCUCUAGACCAACCGAUAUCGUUCUUGAUCCACACCAAGGGUAAGUACUGUAUGAACGCGUGAAAGAUCCCGCAAACCAAUUAUUAAUUGGGGAGACUUUUUCAAUGAAAAUCUAAGGUUGAGAUAAAAUGGUGAAGUAAAUUGCUUAUAAAUCUAAUAACCGAUGCAGCUGAGUGAUUUUCUCCACAGAUUGAUGUUUUGGAUUGAUACUGGAAAUAUUUCUAAGGUGGAAAGAUCAACUUUAUACGGAACACAGCAUGUCACUAUAGCGGUACAUAAUGAUACGUAUUCAACUGGUAUCACCCUUGAUAGAAGAAGAAAGCUUAUAUUCUGGCUGAGUCAAUGGAACUUGAUAGAGUCCAUAGACUAUAGCGGCAACAAUAGAAGGAAAGUUUUUCAAAGCGAUGGACUCUACUUUUUUGGACUUACUUUUAUCUCGUCUGAUUUAUUCGCCAUUAACCGGUGGUUAUCAGGGAGCGUUUACAGAUUGAAUACCUCCGAUGGAAAAGUUAAAAGUAAUGUAACCGUCACAAUCUACUGGGGAGGCUUUUAUGGUCUCGUUGCAUAUGAUAGCUCCUUGCAGUUACCAGGUUUGCCAUCAAAUUAUUCAAACUUGAACUGGUUAUUCUGGAACUUGGAACUUUAAUCCUGUACUUGAAGAUAUAAAAAAUGAUCCCGAGCAAAACUGAGCGACAUUGACCACUCUCACAAACUAAUUCAUCGCUGGUUGUAAAAUUACAUUUGUAUAAUUCCACUGUCAGAUUGGUAUCAAAAUAAAAAAUGGACCCCUUUCGUUUUGAAUGUCAAGGGAGAGGCAAUAAUUAUAAACUACAAAUCUAGACGUUGCAAAUACCAAUUAAAAGCUAAAACUCGACAAAAUAUCUUCCAGUUGGCUCGGAAGCUGACAUACGCUUUAAAAUGCAACUUAACACAGAGUUCUCACUAAAAACAGCAUUUCGGCCAUAUUUUGUUUCUUACGAGAAAUUGGUCAAAAAUCGCAAAUCAAUUGGCUGCUGUCGAGUGCAUUCCUCCUGUGUUUACGUUGGGUAGAUUUUCACUUCAGUUUUCUUCCUUUUUCAUUACAGUGAUAACAUGUCCAGUGCCUUCACCAUCCAGUGGUACAAGAGCCAUAUGUCCGAGGAAUGCAACAGUGCAUCACAAUGCAGUGUAUUACAAUACAACCUGUCAGUUCUCGUGUAAGGAUGGCUAUGUAGGAUCUGGCUCUCAAGUAAGAAGAUGUCAGCGCAAUGGAACUUGGAGCGGACAGAAUUAUUCUUGUCAAAGUAGGUCCUCGAAGCUUGGUAAUAGCCGAUAUGUAAUAUAUUCCGUUUUAUUUUGUAAAUAACCACCGGCAAGUCAGUACAUUCGGUGUCUGGUGGGAGUGAAUAUGAGUCGCUGCCGUGUACAAGUGUACCUCUGGUCAGCGGAGUUUUUACUGCAAAGGUGAAGCAGCAUGGAACUCCUUGCCAGGGGAGUUGAGGAACUAUGCGAGUUUAAAUCGAAAAACAAACCACAGGCCCUUCUCUUUGACGAGUUUUAACUGUCCAUACACUAACACUGAAAUUAUAAUUAUAUGCGUUUUAAUAUUGAUAUUAGUACUUUUUAAGCUGUAUUUUUUAGGGGCCGGUUAUUAAGACAAAUUGUAGCCGUUCUCAUCGCCCAGAACUCAGCGACAUAUCCGAGACUUUAAUAGAGACACUGGCGCUAAAUUUAAAAGCUAAUUUAAAAAAAUGCACUCAUCGGCACGAAGCGGAUCGACAGACCUGUUCUCGAAGGCGGUGAUGAGAUCUUCCGGCAAAUUUUCGGGUGGUUUCCAUGUAUUUUCAUUCGAGGAGUAGUUCUGCCAUUGAAUUAAGUACUUCUCUCUGCCUCCUUUCACUCGUUUUGUGACAAUACGCUCGACUUCGUAAACGCCCACAACAAUUGGGCGGUAUUUUGAAUUACAGGCACGAUCGCAAACAUCAUUGAAUAAUGUCGCGUAAAAGCCUGGCUGAUGUCUCAAACGCUUGGACAUGUUAUCUCUCAUUCAACUGAAUGGAUUGAAUAAAACUUGACUCUUUCAGGUGUUUUGAUUAAUCAAAACGGAUCCAAAUAUGAAUAAUUAUCUAACUAUUCCCUCAGGCGUAAGCCUGUUUUAGGUGGGUAUUUGUUUGUUUUUCUCUUUGCCGUCCGGACUUCAAAGAGAAAAAAAAUCUGGUAAUGUGCUCUCGGUCAUACUGUGCGUUAACCGGCACAGUAAAAGAGCUCGAGCGUGAAGUUUAAGUGAGUGACCCGUGCCUCGCACGCUCUUGUAUACUCUAUCGCACCUUGGGGUUUACUUUACGCAUCCAACCGUUUGAUUGACAGCAGCUGAAAUCCGCAAAGAGACUCAAGUAUUCCCAAAGCUAAAUCUGUUGGCCAAUAUAGCCGACUAGUUCUAGACCUGCAAAUUAUGCCGCGCGUUGAUAAAUUGGGCUCUGUAAGUUCAUGUCGCGAGAAACAUUAGCUUUCUAGGCGAUGUUUAACAAAGCUGCGUUCUAAACUAUCUUGAAUUUAGCUGAAUCUUUUAUCUGAACAUUCAUUACUGCGAAUAGCGUCAGGAGGCCGAAAGCAAAGAGUUUCUUUUUCCUUAGAGCUAUCUAGGGCUCUUCUUAGGGGAGUGUUUGAAUAAAAGCAUACAAGUAUAUAUAGGAACGUGGUAAAAUGGUCGAGCGCUUCUAAGGAACCAUGAGAAUUCUCCAAUAAGUCUGCGUAAAUGAAUGGUGACAUCAUUAUUCAACGAGUUUGCGAACACCGGUUGAUUUUGAAAGAAGCAAGUGUUUUUUACUUUCGAUUUCUUGAUAGCAAAUUCCAGUGUAUAAGAGCCAUUGAUUUUAGGGUAGUCUGCCCAAAUUUUGUUUUCAUCUUUAGGAGGUCUAGGAAAGUCUCUAAGGGGAUCGAAAUGGUCUUUGUAAACGUAUUCCUAGGUUAUUUAGUAUUAUCAACUCCUUACCUGCAUGCGAAGGUAAAUGUAAAUUGGAAAAGAGAAAUUUAGUUUAAAUGUUUUAUUUAAUCAACAUUUUUAUUUGGCUUCUUGCUUUUGAAAGUUAAUAAAACUUUUAAUUAUGUUAUAACCAUAUUGAUUAUUAUCUAUGUGUGUUGUAUUGCAGAGAUCACAUGUCCAGUAUUAUCUCCACCAACUCAUGGAACAAGAUAUGGAUGUCCAGGAAAUGUGCCAUUAUAUAACGGUACUGUCUGUCGGUUCACGUGUAAUAAUGGCUAUGUAGGAUCAGGAUCUCAAGUCAGAAGGUGUCAGUACGAUGGAACUUGGAGUGGACAGAACUUCGUUUGUAAAAGUAGGUUCCCAAAGUUUAUUAGAUAGAAAGAGUAAUGUUCAUACGUCAAAACGAACAAGAAGUCAUUGAUAUCUGAAUGUCCAAAAUGUUAGUUUAUCUCAGCUUCUUUCUAUUUUUUAGUCAUCAACUGUACAUCGCUGAUGAUAAAUUGCAUUUGCAGCUCAGUUCUAACACAGGGCUGAGUCUAAGAACUCGGCCAACCAAUAUAAUUAUUCCAGUUCAUUUAGUUCUCCUACACGCGCAGUCAAUAACCAUUGAGUUUUUCUAAAACCAAAAAGAGAGGUAAUUCUUCAGUCGAUAGUUGAUGAAAUGCGAGAGUUAUGAAACUCCAAACUAUCCCCCUGUUAUACCUGAUUGUGAGCUUUUUAAAAUCAUGUUUAUUUGACACUGUUCUAGUUUUGAUUCUGGUCUUACUAUUUUGUUUUCCCCUUAUAUACAUUUAUAAAAGACACUACAUGCCGUGUUAUGCGUAAAUUUUUUAGCCGAGGAUCGGAGAACCAUUUCUACCCGACAUCAAAUGUCUCCGUGGCUUCCGCUGAACUUAUUUCUCUCUAUAGUCAGAGUUAAAUGCCAGGUUGUGAUAUACUCGAAAGAUGAGUGUCAUGCUAAUUAUAGUCGGAUUUCUUCUUCAGCUUUAAAGUGCCCGACCUUGUCAUUACUGAGGAAUGGUGUCCUCUUCGGAUGUAACACCAAUAAUACAGAGAUGUUAUAUGACACUGAAUGCAGGUUCUUUUGUAAGGAAGGAUCUGAAGCGAUUGGUGCAACAAUAAAGAGGUGUGCUGAAAAUGGAACGUGGAUUGGACCAGACCUUGUUUGUCCAGGUACGAGAGAUGCGAACUAUUGGUACUAUCAAAAUGUUAUGGAAUUUAAGUGGUUUUCGCUAAUUUUUACUUGUUGUAUUCAUUGCGUCGCAUGACGAAUCGAUUCGAGAUCGUCAGUGGUCUUUACGCCCAACGUUUGCAGCGAUUGUAGACCGCGAUAGUCGACCUAACAUCGUUGCACCGUUAAUACUCGGGGCCACGCGGUUGAUCUCAUAUUUCUGUACAUGGAUCAAUCAAUGUACGGUGAAAGAGAUCUAAUAACUUGACGACCCUGGAUCACGAAUCGAUACAGGGUCGUCAAUAGUCUUCAUAAGGUUGAAGCAGUUGUAGAUCAUGACAAUCAAUCAAACAACAUCGCAGCAAUCUUAUGUAUGGGGCCUGUCAGAUGAUUCCAUGCUUCUGCGCAUCAAUCACUCGAUUUAUAAUCGUAGAAUGGAUCUUCACUGUCUUUAUGUGUUUAAGACUCAGUGACGAUACAUUUGCCAUUAUCUAGCUGUAUUCAAUUUUAUCAAUGAUAUCAAUAUUGAACAAGCGGCGACAUGUGCAGGUUCGCUAUAUUACACUUCUACUAUAAAUUCUAACUUUCUUGAGGGCUUGGUCCUGUUUACAUCUUAAGCCGUUGUUACGAUAUCGAUAUUGAUUUGAUAGGUAUGAAUCAUAAAGUCUUAAAUUUAUACAGAAUAGCUAUGAACUCACUGUAGAUUGCCAACGAUUGAGCUGAAAAAAAUACUUACAAGCACGAGGUUUACGUUAUGAUGAUGAUGAUGAUAGCUUGUCUCGGUUAUAGAUCCAACGAGUGGUAAGUACACAAUGAUACAAUAUCUGCAGAUCAAUAUUUGAAAACUCUCUACAUAGCUUGAAGGUUUGCAUACUCAUGUAGAUGUUUAGGAAUAAGAGUUAUCAUCUUAACAAGCCAAGAUUUCCCGAGGUGCAAAUACGAGAAGCUUGAGUAUCGUGAGGGGGAAAAUAUUGUUUCAGUACACCUGAACGUAAAGAAGCUGUAUACUCCAAACUAGCCAUGCGAAAUGCGUUCUGUUUACUUUCACUUACUCUCGAUAAUAUCUCCUAACUCUCCUUCAGGUCUUUCAGCAGGGACUGUGCUGGGUGAGUCCUUCCUCGAGCAGACGAUUCAGGACCGCCUACAAUAUUCUGAAUGAGACAUAUAACCCUUUCCCACACACCCUAUCCUGGCUGCCGUCUGCAUACUUUUUCCGCAGGCCUACCCUGACUUAUCGCGCCUGGCUUGUCCUGUUCACAAAGUUCAAGGCAUCUUCCAGAAAGCCUGCGAACCUGGGUAUAAUACAACGCUGAGAGGCCAUAUCUGACUACAUCACUGAGGAGAAGACUACGGAAAGCUAUGUUAUGAGUUAAAGCAUUAAGCUUGCUAUUAUGAGCGUCGGAGUUCUUCAUUGUUGCUGAUGGACUGCAUUAAAUAAUGUUCAACGCAAGACAAAGAGUGAGAAAAACGUUCAAUGGCAAAACUUAAGGAGCUUGCACAAACUAAGCACUUUACAUGAUGAAAUAAAAAUAAUAACAAAAAAAGUAAGCGUAAAUGUUUCUCAAAGUCGAAGGCAAUACAUCGAAAGGCGCGAUUUUCAUAUAUAACUAUAGCAACAGUGAUCUUCAUGCGUGUGAAGAUAUCAUAUUUUCGCGCGAAAUAAAGAUCUCGUGUUAAAAGCUAGUUCUUUUGUUUUAGCGUGCGAGCGUGCUGUGUGCGUGCGUUCACCUUAUUCCCUGAAUCCCGAAGAGGUUCACAUAUAAUAAAUUUUGAGUUCCAUUGUUGACGAAGACACAUGUUGUUAAUUUGUCACAAAUGCUGAACGAAGGAAAAAUCUGAGUCCGCUUUGACAAAUCGAACCACAGACCUUCGGAAUUCACGGUUCGAUGAUCUACCAUGGAGCUUAAAGAGCACUCGUUGAUGACCAAGGCCGUAUACUUGGCUCGAGUUUAUUUGAGACAUUUCUGGUUUAAUGUAUUCAGUCUCUGAACUCUAUAGUACUCAGUUAUCGCUUUUCUGAUUCUAACGGGGAUGCGAGACAAAUAAUACCCAUAUAUAAAAAUUCAAUCGCCCACCUCCCCCACCCACGUCCCACCACAGCAUAUACGAACAUACGAGGCCAUUUAAGCCCUUUUGAACCGAGAUCUAUUUUAUGGGAGGAAUUAAAAAGAUAGUAUUUUUGUGAAGUUUCAUCGGGGGCUUUGUCAAAUCUUAUCUACCAGUAAGUCCAGCAGAGCGUUAUCGCCCAGUUCACCUCCUAUUUAAAUUCUAUCCAGGCCCCUCUCUUACGUGUUACGAUAUCCAUGACUAAAAUUUCUCAGAAUGAAGCCGUCUUACCCUACUCGGCGCACAGUAACAAACAUAGACAUGAAAAGACUCAAGAAGGCUUUUCUGCUUUGGAGCACAAUCUUCAUCUCAACUCUCGCUUGCUUUCAGGAGGUAUCUGCUUCUUCAGGUUAGCCACAGAUUUUUGACAAGUAAUCAUUUCCUGUUCAAAACGAACCGAAAUUGUUUAAAUACAAGCCAUGGCACGCUCAAUUAGAAGUUGAAAGUUGAUGCGGAAAAGCCAACAGGCUCCUAACUAAAGGUAAAAUAGGACCAGAAAAUAUCAAUCGUACGAUGUAUUGAUCGAAAGAUUACCAGUCAUUGAGUUCAAAUAGGAGUUAUGCCAAGAGUAGUGUAAUUACAAGGCCUUCUGAUUUACACCAUUGUCCUCGAAUGUAUUUAUACAUCUUUUAUUUAUUCAUAAACCCCUUUAUCACAAAAUGGUCUGAUUAUUUAAACAAAGGUUAGACGUUGCUUAACAAAGCCGCGUCCUAAACAAUUUCAAACUCUUUACGGUGGCCAAUUUACAUUAUCAACCAAGUCGCUAAUUUUAAAUUACCCUGCUAUACUCUCCCAACGACGCAGCACCACAGUUUUUUUAGAAACUUACCCCCUUUAAUCUUCAAUUUAGCUAAACCUUUAAUCUGAACAUUUAUUUCUGUGAACAGUGUCAAAAGGACCGAAAGCUAGCAGUGCAGAGACAUUUAUUUAAUUAAAUGAGAGGUCAUCGAGAAAGUCUGAAGUCCACUGAUUGCGUAAAACCGUGCAUUGUGUUAGACCUCGUGAUAACAACCGGCCCCACGUAUUUUUGGGAUUUCUUGUAACCUUGUCUUUUUUCGAAGGAAAGAGACAUCUGUACAUGGAGUAUUAUAAUAUAAUGCAAUAAUGACAAAAAUAAUAGAAACUUUCGGAAUCUGUUCUUCACUGUUAUUAUGCUUCCGACCCCGAUCGAGUUCACUCAUUUAGGCUCUGUGCCUCAAAAAAGAAAAAAAACCAUAUCGGCAAUUAAAACAAAACUUAGUAAAGACAGAUUCCAACGGAGCCCUGUUGUAAAGAAGUCGGUCUUAUUCGAAAUUAAUGCAUACUAAUAAUUUUUUAACAACCGUGGAAUUUGAUCGUUGCGUUACAGAAGGUCUUUACUUUCCAAUAUUUGCGGUAUGAAAACAAAGUGAGAUGUAAAAGAAAGAAAAAAAACAACAAUUCAUUGCAUGCAGAAUUAAAUGUUGCCAUUGAAAAUGAGGGCUAAAGUCUGAUAAAGAUAAAUAAAAUAAACCAUGAUAAUUUCAGUAUCAUUAGAUUUGCUUUGCCAUUAGCAGAUUAAGUGAAUUGAUGAGAUUCUGAGACAGACUCUGACCUUGAAAAACUGUCUUGUGUAGUAACGCAACUGCCAUGAAAACAAAACGGAAAAAAAGUUCCGCAUUCGUUUUUAUCAAAAAAAAUAUUAGAAGAUUUUGUGCUUUUGCAUGUAACAUCGCUUUUGACAUAAUAAAUCAACUUUUGGAAAUUUGAAAUUCGUGCUAAUGUGAAAUCUGGACUCCAUUACUUCGUAUCCAGUAAUAAACAAUAAGAUAAUGAGUAUCGAUCGAGAAAAGAGAAUGUGCGCACAACAUGUUUGUGGCUCUGAGUGCCCUCCUUCAGAGACGGAAGCAAAACUUAUUUCUCUAAUAUUCAAUUUGGUUUCGUCUUUAUUCUGUAUUCAGGACUGGGGAGUCCUUUUGAUAAUAUCAUACUUGUUCAAAGAACAUGCUUGAUAAAGUGAACUAGGCUGAGCAACGCUUCACCAAAAACAUUUAAUAUUUGAAAAUCGAAUUUGCUAUUGUCAUUCUUGUAAACGACUCAGUGGGAGGGAGAAUGAUGGCUCAUAACCAUUUUUCCCGUAGAAAAUGUACAUUCCCCUUAUCAUGGACAAAAAAAACGGACUAUGAGAACAGAAAUAUUAAGUUUAUUGUGCUGUAUAUAUAUCUAGAUAUAUAUAUAUAUAUAUUUUUUUUUUUUGGGGGAGAAAGGGUGAGAUAUGAGGAAUAUGGUAACUCCUCACCGGUACCAAAUCUUUAUUUGAGGUCGAUCGUCAUGAAUUCACCACUGAAUUUUUAAAAAAAUGUAUUAUGGUUGUUUACGAUUAUUUUCCUUUGUUUGUUCUUUUUCAUAGCAAUGAGGCAUUCGUGCAACUCGCCAUGUCUUCUGGUUGCAAAUGUAGACCGCGUAUUAGCUUUGGAUUACGACAACAAGUCGAUAUUUCCAGUCGUUUCCAAUUUAUCAUCAGCUAUAGAUGUAGACUUUCAUUACAAUAAGGGCUACAUAUUUUGGUGCAACUUUCUAAGUAUCCAGCGCUCGAAUAUGGACGGCACAAACAUCACCGUUAUUCACAAUGAGACUUCCUGUUAUGGUUUGGCAGUAGAGUGGGACUCCUUGCAGCUGUAUUGGACCGGUUAUCACAACAAAACUAUAAUGGUAUCAGACCUCGAUGGAAAUAACAAACGCAUUGUUUUCACUUCGCUCUCUGGACCAACCGAUAUCGUUCUUGAUCCAUACCAAGGGUAAGUACUUUAUGAAAGCGUGGAAGAUCCCGCAAACCAAUUAUAAGUUAGUGGAGACUUUUUCAAUGAAAAUCUAAGGUUGAGAUAAAAUGGUGAAGUAAAUUGCUUAUAAAUCUAAUAACCGAUGCAGCUGAGUGAUUUUCUCCACAGAUUGAUGUUUUGGAUUGAUACUGGAAAUAUUUCUAAGGUGGAAAGAUCAACUUUAUACGGAACACAGCAUGUCACUAUAGCGGUACAUAAUGUUACGUAUUCAACUGGUAUCACCCUUGAUAGAAGAAGAAAGCUUAUAUUCUGGCUGAGUCAAUGGAACUUGAUAGAGUCCAUAGACUAUAGUGGCAACAAUAGAAGGAAAGUUUUUCAAAGAGAUGGACUCAACUUUUUUGGACUUACUUUUAUCUCGUCUGAUUUAUUCGCCACUAACCGGUGGUGGUUACCAAGGAGCGUUUACAGACUGAAUCCCUCCGAUGGAAAAGUUAAAAGUAAUGUAACCGUCACAAGCUGGGGAGGCUUUUAUGGUCUCGUUGCAUAUGAUAGCUCCUUGCAGUUACCAGGUUUGUCAUCAAAUUAUUCAAACUUGAACUGGUUAUUCUGGAACUUGGAACUUUAAUCCUGUGUUUGAAGAUAUAAAAAAUGAUCCCGAGCAAAACUGAGCGACAUUGACCACUCUCACAAAUUAAUUCAUUGCUGUAUGUAAGUGGUUGUAAAAUUACAUUUGUAUAAUUCCACUGUCAGAUUGGUAUCAAAAUAAAAAAUGGACCCCUUUCGUUUUGAAUGUCAAGGGAGAGGCAAUAAUUAUAAACUACAAAUCUAGACGUUGCAAAUACCAAUUAAAAGCUAAAACUCGACAAAAUAUCUUCCAGUUGGCUCGGAAGCUGACAUACGCUUUAAAAUGCAACUUGACACAGAGUUCUCACUAAAAACAGCAUUUUGACCAUAUUUUGUUUCUUACCAGAAAUUGGUCAAAAAUCGAAAAUCAAUUGGCUGCUGUCGAGUGCAUUCCUCCUGUGUUUACGUUGGGUAGAUUUUCACUUGAGUUUUGUUCCUUUUUCAUUACAGUGAUAACAUGUCCAGUGCCUUCACCAACCAGUGGUACAAGAGCCAUAUGUCCGAGGAAUGCAACAGUGCAUCGCAAUGCAGUGUAUUACGAUACAACCUGUCAGUUCUCGUGUGAGAAUGGCUAUAUAGGAUCUGGCUCUCAAGUAAGAAGAUGUCAGCGCAAUGGAACUUGGAGUGGACAGAAUUACUCUUGUCAAAGUAGGUCCUCGAAGCUUGGUAAUGACCGAUAUGUAAUAUAUUCCGUUUUAUUUUGUAAAUAACCACCGGCAGGUCAGUAUAUUCGGUGUCUGGUGGGAGUGAAUAUGAGUCGCUGCCGUGUACAAGUGUACCUCUAGUCAGCAGAGUUUUUACUGCAAAGGUGAAGCAGCAUGGAACUCUUUGCCAGGGGAGUUGAGGAACUAUGCGACUUUUAAUCGAAAAACAAACUACAGGCCCUUCUCUUUGACGAGUUUUAACUGUCCAUACACUAACACUGAAAUUAGACUCUUAAGUAGUUUUAAGAAUUAUAAUUAUAUGCGUUUUAAUAUUGAUAUUAGUACUUUAUAAGCUGUAUUUUCUAGGGGCCGGUUAUUAAGACAAAGUUUAGCCGUUCUCAUCGCCCAGAACUCAGCGACAUAUCCGGGACUUUAAUUGAGACGCUGGCGCUAAAUUUAAAAGCUAAUAAAAAAAAUGCAUUCAUCGGCACGAAGCGGAUAGACAGACCUGUUCUCGAAGGCGGUGAUGAGAUCUUCCGGCAAAUUUUCGGGUGGUUCCCAUGUAUUUUCAUUCGAGGAGUAGUUCUGCCAUUGAAUUAAGUACUUCUCUCUGCCUCCUUUCACUCGUUUUGCGACAAUACGCUCGACUUCGUAAACGCCCACAACAAUUGGGCGGUAUUUUGAAUUACAAGCACGAUCGCAAACAUCAUUGAAUAAUGUCGCGUAAAAGCCUGGCUGAUGUCUCAAAUGCUUGAACAUGUUAUCUCUCAUUCAACUGAAUGGAUUGAAUAAAACUUGACUCUUUCAGGUGUUUUGAUUAAUCAAAACGGAUCCAAAUAUGAAUAAUUAUCUAACUAUUCCCUCAGGCGUAAGCCUGUUUUAGGUGGGUAUUUGUUUGUUUUUCUCUUUGCCGUCCGGACUUCAAAGAGAAAAAUAAUCCGGUAAUAUGCUCUCGGUCAUACUGUGCGUUAACCGGCACAGUAAAAGAGCUCGAGCGUGAAGUUCAAGUGAGUGACCCGUGCCUCGCACGCUCUUGUAAACUCUAUCGCACCUUGGGAUUUACUUCACGCAUCCAACCGUUUGAUUGACAGCAGCUGAAAUCUGCAAAGAGACUCAAGUAUUCCCAAAGCUAAAUCUGUUGGCCACUAUAGCCGACUAGUUCUAGACCUGCAAAUUAUGCCGCGCGUUGAUAAAUUGGGCACUGUAAGUUCAUGUCGCGAGAAACAUUAGCUUUCUAGGCGAUGUUUAACAAAACUGCGUUCUAAACUAUCUUGAAUUUAGCUGAAUCUUUUAUCUGAACAUUCAUUACUGCGAAUAGCGUUAGGAGGCCGAAAGCAAAGAGUUUCUUCUUUCCUUAGAGCUAUCUAGGACUCUUCUUAGGGGAGUGUUUGAAUAAAAGCAUACAAGUACAUAUAGGAAUGUGGUAAAAUGGUCGAGCGCUUCUAAGGAACCAUGAGAAUUCUCCAAUAAGUCUUCUGCGUAAAUGAAUGGUGACGUCAUUAUUCAACGAGUUUGCGAACACCGAUUGAUUUUGAAAGAAGCAAGUGUUUUUUACUUUCGAUUUCUUGAUAGCAAAUUCCAGUGCAUGAGAGCCAUUGAUUUUAGGGUAGUCUGCCCAAAUUUUGUUUUCAUCUUUAGGAGGUCUAGGAAAGUCUCUAAGGGGAUCGAAAUGGUCUUUGUAAACGUAUUCCUAGGCUAUUUAGUAUUAUCAACUCCUUACCUGCAUGCGAAGGUAAAUGUAAAUUGGAAAAGAAAAAUUUAGUUUAAAUGUUUUAUUUAAUGAACAUUUUUAUUUGGCUUCUUGCUUUUGAAAGUUAAUAAAACUUUUAAUUAUGUUAUAACCAUAUUGAUUAUUAUCUAUGUGUGUUGUAUUGCAGAGAUCACAUGUCCAGUAUUGUCUCCACCAACUCAUGGAACAAGAUAUGGAUGUCCAGGAAAUUUGCCAUUAUAUAACGGUACCGUCUGUCGGUUCACGUGUAAUAAUGGCUAUGUAGGAUCAGGAUCUCAAGUCAGAAGGUGUCAGUACGAUGGAACUUGGAGUGGACAGAACUUCGUUUGUAAAAGUAGGUUCCCGAAGUUUAUCAGAUAGAAAGAGUAAUGUUCAUACGUUAAAACGAACAAGAAGUCAUUGAUAUCUGAAUGCGCAAAAUGUUAGUUUCUUUUAGCUUCUUUCUAUUUUUUAGACAUCAACUGUACAUCGCUGAUGAUAAAUUGCAUUUGCAGCUCAGUUCUAACACAGGGCUGAGUCUAAGAACUCGGCCAACCAAUAUAAUUAUUCCAGUUCAUUUAGCUCUCCCACACGCGCAGUCAAUAACCACUGAGUUUUUCUAAAACCAAAAAGAGAGGUAAAUCUUCAGUCGAUAAUUGAUGAAAUGCGAGAGUUAUGAAACUCCAAACUAUCCCCUUGUUAUACCUGAUUGUGAGCUUUUUAAAAUCAUGUUUAUUUGACACUGUUCUAGUUUUGAUUUUGGUCUUACUAUUUUGUUUGCCUCAUAUACAUUUAUAAAAGACACUACAUUCCGUGUUAAGCGUAAAUUUUUUAGCCGAGGAUCGGAGAACCAUUUCUACCCGACAUCAAAUGUCUGCGUAGCUUCCGCUGAACUUAUUUCUCUCUAUAGUCAGAAUUAAAUGCCAGGUUGUGAUGUACUCGAAAGAUGAGUGUCAUGCUAAUUAUAAUCGGAUUUCUCCUUCAGCUUUAAAGUGCCCGACCUUGUCAUUACCGAGGAAUGGUGUCCUCUUGGGAUGUAACACCAAUAACACAGAGAUGUUAUUUGACACUGAAUGCAGGUUCUUUUGUAAGGAAGGAUCUGAAGCGAUUGGUGCAACAAUAAAGAGGUGUGCUGAAAAUGGAACGUGGAUUGGACCAGACCUUGUUUGUCCAGGUACGAGAGAUGCGAACUAUUGGUACUAUCAAAAUGUUAUGGAAUUUAAGUGGUUUUCGCUAGUUUUUACUUGUUGUAUUCAUUGCGUCGCAUGACGAAUCGAUUCGAGAUCGUCAGUGGUCUUUCCGCCCAACGCUUGCAGCGAUUGUAGAUCGCGAUAGUCGACCUAACAUCGUUGCAUCCGUUAAUUCUCGGGGCCACGCGGUUGAUCUCAUAUUUCUGUACAUGGAGCAAUGAAUGUACGGUGAAAGAGAUCUAAUAACUUGACGACCCUGGAUCACGAAUCGAUACAGGGUCGUCGAUAGUCUUCAUAAGGCUGAAGCAGUUGUAGUUCAUGACAAUCAAUCAAACAACAUCGCAACAGUCUUAUGUAUGGGUUCUGUCAGCUGAUCGUGUGCAUCUGCACAUAUAUCACUCGAUUUACAAUCGCGUAAUGGAUCGUCUCUGUCUUUAUGUGUUUAAGACUCAGUGACGAUACAUUUGCCAUUACCCCGCCGUAUUCAAUCUUCUCAAUGAUAUCAAUAUUGAAUAAGCGGCAGCAUGUGCAGGUUCGCUAUAUUACACUUCUACUAUAAAUUCUAACUUUCUUGAGGGCUUGGUCGUGUUUACAUCUUAAGCCGUUGUUACGAUAUCGCUGUUGAUUUGAUAGGUAUGAAUCAUAAAGUCUUAAAUUUAUACAGAAUAGCUAUGAACUCACUGUAGAUUGCCAACGAUUGAGCUGAAAAAAACACUUACAAGUACGAGAUUUACGUUAUGAUGAUGAUGAUGAUGAUAGCUUGUCUCGGUUAUAGAUCUAACGAGUGGUAAGUACACAAUGAUACAAUAUGAUGUUUGAAAACUCUCUACAGAGCUUGAAGGUUUGCAUACUCAUGUAGAUGUUUAGGAAUAAUAGUUAUCAUCUUAACAAGCCAAGAUUUCUCGAGGUGCUAAUACGAGAAGCUUGAUUAUCGUGAGGGGGAAAAUAUUGUUUCAGUACACCUGAACGUAAAGAAGCUGUAUGCUCCAAAUUAGCCAUGCCAAAUGCGUUCUGUUUACUUUCACUUGCUCUCGAUAAUAUCUCCUAACUCUCCUUCAGGUCUUUCAGCAGGGACUGUGCUGGGUGGGUCCUUUCUCAAGCAGACGAUUCAGGACCGCCUACAAUAUUCUGAAUGAGACAUAUAACCCUUUCCCACACACCCUACCCCGGCUGCCGUCUGCAUGCUUUUUCCUCAGGUCCUCGCCUACCCUGACUUAUCGCACCUGGCUUGUACUGUUCACAAAGUUCAAGGCAUAUUCCAGAAAGCCUGCGAACCUGGGUAUAAUACAACGCUGAGAGGCCAUAUCUGACUACAUCACUGAGGAGAAGACUACGGAAAGCUAUGUUAUGAGUUAAAGCAUUAAGCUCGCUAUUAUGAGCGUCGGAGUUCUUCAUUGUUGCUGAUGGACUGCAGUAAAUAAUGUUCAACGCAAGACAAAGAGUGAGAAAAACGUUCAAUGGCAAAACUUAAGAAGCUUGCACAAACUAAGCACUUAACAUGAUGAAAUAAAAAAUAAUAACAAAAAAAGUAAGCGUAAAUGUUUCUCAAAGUCGAAGGCAAUACAUCGAAAGGCGCGAUUUUCAUAUAU